GUCCGACCUUGCGGUUUGCGGCGACCGAGGCUUGAAAAUUGUCCGAAGCACUUCGUGAAACUCGCACGUGCAUCUCGUGCACUCGCGCGACGAAUCCCAUCGUCGUCGGUUUCCCGGGUAACCGGAGCGCCGCGCGGAGGCACAACAAUGAGCGGAGGAUUCGCCACGCGAACAACGUUGCCGUGAACAUGUCCCACAAUAUCGAGCAACUACCGCUGUCCGGCAAGGAUAUCGCGGUACCGGCCAAGCUGCCGAUGAUCCUGAAGCAGUUCUGCAAGGCCGCCAUCCGGACGCAGCCUUACGAUCUGCUCAAGUGGUCGAGCUCGUACUUCCGCGCCUUGGCGAACGGUGAGGAACCACCGACUAAAUCGCGACUGGAAUACCCGCCGCCGAGCACCGCCUCCGGCUUGACUCUGGGCUUCCUCAGGGUGCUGCUGCGGCAAUUUGGAAAUUACAACAAGACUUUACCCGUGGAGGCGAUCGCGCGUCGUUGGGACUGCCUUUGUCUGGAUCGUCGGGACUUCCAGACAAUCACGACGAUCGGCAAGUUUCGUCGUAGCUGCCAAGUGAAGAGAUUCUUGGCUAUCGCGGUGGGCCUGCUCGGCGGCAACCUCACCGAGACGAUGAUCAUGGUCUGCCAGUUAUUCAGCCACGAGCCGGACGGCGGCUCCGCGAUGAUCCCGCUCAAUUUGUUCAUGGAGAUAUAUGAGUACCUGGCGGGACUCGCGUGCGACGGCAACGAGAAGAGUUCCGGCGACGAGGAGUCGAGCACGUGUAAGGACACUUCCACCCGUCACACUUCCUCCAUGAACAGCCAGGAUGAUACCGAUGCGGACGUCAAUCUGGAUCUGGAGUCGAUGUCCAAGGACGAGGUUAACUCGUACUCCAAGAGUACGUUAUCCGUUCUGUUCCAGUGUUCUCUGCCUCCGAGUUUGUUUCAUGCAUUCGUUCCUUCCGCAGCCGAUCCGUCGACGGAACCGGUGGAGAGCAGUUCGUUGGAAAGGGAGGAAAAACUGGACGCCCUGAUCGGCGGAGAUCGCGUGGCCAAGGAUACUGCAAUCGGCGAGAGAUUCUGCGGCACGAAGGACGUGAGCAACAGCGACGGGAGCGUCGUCUCCGGAGCGGAGAAGGACAAGAGGACUGCUGGUCGCCUGAAUGUGCCAGGUAUAGGAGCGCGCCUGUCAGCCGAAGAAGUCGCGAGCGUAGCGGCGUGGAUGACCGAGUGCGCGCUGCUUCAGGAGGGUAUGGUGGGUCCGCGAAAUAUCCGGCACACGGAGUGUCCACCUCUGCACCGGCGAUCGGAUUCGUGAUGACAAGUGUCGCGCGGACACACGUAG